GCUGUCAACGAGUUGCUGCUGUCAAAAUUAAAAUAACGUAAACAUUCCGCCGCUGUUGGGGAAACACAAAUCGCACUCGUUAAUUUCGCUUUGCCCACCCAACGGAAAGCGCAAAAUGUCGUUAGAUUUGGAAGAUUGUGACGAAGAAACGCAGCAGCUAAUUGCGGAUUCGAUACAGCUUGCCGACGAGCUGGUCACCACAACGGCAACGGAAGAGCUGGACCGCAAGCGCCACACCAUCCUGAAGGACAUCGAGUUGGACGUGGAGCUGUACGGCUGCACGAUCCUGCAGUACCGGGAAUCGCUCGCCCGGUUAGCGCUGCUCGAGCACGGCAUACUGCACGGACUGAACAAGGUGUCUGCACCGCCCGUCGAACUGGCCGCCCUACUGGACCGGCUCGAGAGCAAGGUGGAAACGCUUGGCGAGCUGCUGCGCGAACGAAUCAUCUUCCUGCCGCCGAGCGCAAUAUCAAAGGAAACGUUCGGUACGCUCGGCAGCCAACACGAGCGGCUGGCUGCGCUGGAGCAGCAACUCGAUCGUAUCGGCACCCUAAUCGACGGCAACCAGGUGCGGGACGUGGCGAUGUGGGUAGCCUCCGUGCAGCGCAAGACGAACAAGCUGCUGCAGGACAUUGACGGCAUACUGAAGCUCAACACGCUGCAGAAGCAAACGAUCGUGGAGUUUUCCAACAAAAUCUUUCGCGGAUCCAUCGGGUCCUAGCGGAGGGGAGAGGAGCGAUAGGAAGACGCGUUCGAAUGGCGGACGGUAAAGAGGUGUUAAUAUUUUAUAGCGUAAUUUAUUCUGUCGACAAUUGGGCUAAAUACAUUACAAUUUUCCUGCCUUAA